CCCUCGCAAGCGAGGGUCCGCCACCCAUUUGCAAAGGAUCAUCUAAAUAUUCAGCUAGCUCUCGAUUCUCUAUCUAAGCAGAUAAAGCCGAAUAUCUCGAAAACUGCGCGAGAAUUCGCGGUUCCCAUGUACCCACCGACUACGCCGGCGAUAGUACGGUGGAAAAUCACCUUUUUAAUAAAACCUAAUGACCGGAAGCUUAAUCCUAUAUAG